UUCUUGUCCCCAAACCAGAGAGGCUGCUUGAAUCGGUGAAAACGCAACUCAAAAAAUGGAGCCUUUUCCCGACCAAUUCACGGAAUUCCACCCAAUCCAUGGCACCAAUGUCAUACUGGACCGCUCAGGAACCCAGGCCACCCGCGUGGAGAGCUUUGCUAACGGAGUGUGUUUCAGCAAACACCCCCUGAAGCCUGGGGAGAUUUUUCUCAUCGAGAUCGAGGAUAAGGAGCUGGGCUGGUGUGGACACCUCCGUGUCGGCCUGACAGCCAGGGACCCGGGGGGCCUAGAUGUGGUACCUGAAUACUCCAUCCCGGACCUGACGGAUGUAGGGGACAGCUGGGUUUUCGCCAUUACUCGCAACCACAACAAGGUCAUAGAGGACCCAGGAGCAGAGGGUGAGGAAGCUGGACAGGGAGGACUGGCUGGGGGACACAGGCUCGGACGAGGGGAGGUUGAAGGUUUACUUGGAGAUGGAGGAGAUGUUAAUCAACGAGGGGGCAACAACAGCAAACCAAAGACCUUCUUCACUGACUCUCACUUGUACAUUGAGAAUGUUCGGAUCCCCAGAGACAAGCUGGUCGGUCGGAGCAGGCCCGGACGCUUCAGUCACAUUUUGGACGACUUGUAUAAAACCAACGCUUUGCCUCCCACAGCCAGACGCAGCAGGAUAGGAGUUCUGUACGUUCAAAAGGGGAGAGACCUGGCUGAUAUGCACAUAGUCAUCAAUGGAGAGGACAUGGGAGCUUCUGCAAAGGGGAUCCCCGCCGUCCAACCUCUCUAUGCUGUGGUGGACGUCUUUGCUGCUACUAAGUGUGUCCGAAUCGUCCAGGUGGAGUAUGGAUUCUCGUCCUUGCAGACAUUGUGCAGGAAGGCGAUCCAGAAGCACAUCGUCCACAGGAUGGCCAUUGACUGGCUGGAGCUGCCGGAGGCUCUGAAGCACUACUGCAAAUAUGAAUGA